AUGGCAGAAUCAAAAGCAUUGGGAGGAUUGGUUCGCUCUACUAGCAAGGAAUCGAUAAUAUCCGCGAUUAGUCAUGUUGGUGAUUGGGAAAUUGGUGAUCGCUGUCAGAUUGGCGGAAGAAUGGGGAAUAUUGUAUAUAUUGGACCAGCAAAGUUUGCACCAGGUGAAUGGAUAGGUGUUGUCCUCGACCAUCCACUUGGGAAAAAUGAUGGUUCUGUUGAUGGACAUCGGUAUUUCUCUUGUGAACCAAAUCAUGGAUUAUUUUGUAAGGCUAGUAAAUUGAAACAUAUACAAUCAUCGAGCCUUUCAACUGAAACGUCGCAAAAUAAUCCAUUUUGCAAAGAAUACGGAUUGGAGAUCGGUGAUCGAGUUAUUGUAUCAGGUGGUAAAUAUGGAAGAUUGCGCUUUCUUGGAAAUACUGACUUUAAAGAGGGCGUUUGGGCUGGCAUUGAAUUAGAUCAACCAUUAGGUAAAAACGAUGGUAGCGUCCAGGGUAAGCGGUACUUUACAUGCAAAGCACCAUAUGGUUUAUUUGCAACUGCAUUAAAAGUUUCUCGUGCGCCCGAACAAACUUCUACUAAAUUCAAGAUAAAUUUAUCGUACGAAAAACCGCGAAUAAAAGAUAAAGCUGAAAUGAAAUUAUCCACAUCACAAUUCCGGAAUGUGUCACAAGGAGAAAAUGGUUAUGCAAAAUCAUACGUGUGUGAUGAGAAAAGCCAUGCAAUGCCGGAGGUGAGGUUAACGCCAUGCCGACCCAGCUGUGACUUUGCUAUUCGACAUACGAAAACGUCAGCCUUACGGCAACGUUCGGGUAGCCACGAGUCACUGUCGUCGAUUGGGGCAUCAUCGAUUGCAUCAUCACGAAUUUCUAAAUACAACUUCGCUACACCACGAUCCGUCCAGAGGCCAUUUAUUAUUUCGUCAACUAGAGGACAAGAAGAUUUAUUCAAAGCAAUUCAGGAGUCACUGAAAGAGAAGGAAACACAUUUGGAACAGAUGAUCAGAGAACGUGAUCUUGAACGGAAUGAGAUGGCAGCGUUGUCAAAUCGUUGUGAAUUGGCAGAAGCAAAAGCAACACAACUUGAAAGCACAAAAACUUUAACAGAUCAACAACUUGAGGCAUUAAAAGUUAUAUUGGAUGAAACUGAAGCAAAAUUUAAAGUAGCGGAUAACACCAUCAACAAUCUUACUAUUCAGUUGAAGGAAAAGAAAGAUGCUCUUGAAGACCUAACGUUUCGUUAUGAUGAGGAAAUAAUACUGAAAGCUGAAAUGGCGGAAAAAAUUGCCGAAUUGGAAAAAAGAAGUGUUAUUAAUAAGAGCGAGAAUGAAGGUACGACUAAGGUAAUGAUCGGCGAAAUGGAAAAAACGAAGUUACAAUUGGAAGAAUUGAAAAAACAAUGCUCCGCUUUUGAACAAGAAAAGCGUUCGAUAUGUGCUGGAAUGAAAAAUAUAUUAUCCAUCUAUAAACAGGAUUUUACGGAGUUAAUGCAGCUCCUAUCACCGAAUGAUGUUGUCGGAAGUAUGGAUGAAAAUGAAACAGAAGCGACCGAUGACGAUCGAGAUUUAUCGAAGCAGUUGGAAAUCAUUAUGAAAAAGUUGAAUUGUUUGAUGGAUCACAAUAAAGCAAUCAAAAAAGCAGUACAAGAAAAGCUUGAAAGUAAUAAGGGAGAAAUAAAAGAUUUGGCUGCUCAGCUUAAAAAUUUGAAUAAAUCGAUGGAUGAUAAGAUCGUUAGUACUUCACAAAAGGACGAAGAACUAACAGUAUGUCAGGAAACUGUUUAUCAGCUAAGAAAUGAGCUGGAAAAAGUUGAAAAACGUAGAGCAAAGCUGAAAGAAGCAUAUGAUGCGUUAGAGAUAUCGAAUAAUGCUCUCUUAAAAAAUUUUGAUCACUUAAAUAAGAAAAACGCUGAAAUGACGGGAAAAAUAGAGAGUGAAAAAAAAGAACAUAGCGCUGAAAUCACCAGACUAAAUGGAGAGCUACGAAAAGCGCAAAACGAUGCCAUCCAACUACAGGAACAGUUGAAAAAGAUGGAAAUUGAGAAAAUGGAAUUAAUGGAACUGCGAGAAUCCCUGGAAAAUAGCAACAGAGAACUUUUUCUAGAUACGAAAUCAUUGGAAUCACAGAAAACUGAAUUGGAGAGCGAGCUGAGACAGAAGGAAUCAGAGAAAGAAAUAUUAAAUUCUUCCUUGACAAAGAAAGAGGUAGAGCUUGCUUCGACAAAAUGCAAAAUCGAUGAUCUCACUGGUCAAAUCGAUAGACUUCGUGCCAACUUUUGUGAAGCAAGUUCCAGUGAUGAAAGUCUGAAAAAGGAGCUGGAAUUACUUCGUGAAGAAAACAAGAAAGAAAAUGAAGCGCAUAUUGUUCAAGUGGCACAACUACAAACAACCUUUGAAUCUCUCGAAAAGGAUUUAUUAGCAGCUAGAAAUAGCUUCCAAAGCUUAGAAAAUAUGCAUGACGCCCUGAAAAAUACAUUGGGAAAAACUCAACUUGAACUUGAGAAUUUAAAGGAAGAUUUUUCGUUUUCGCAACAAGAAUUGAUAGCUAAGCAAGAAAAAGUUACAAAGUUGCAACAGGAGAUAGUUUCUUAUGUCAGUACUGUGGAACAAUUACAAAGGUUGCAAAAAGAAGAAGCUGCAAAUCAUGCUAAAACUCAAUCCAAGUUACAGUCAGAGAAUAAUGCUUUACAGCAAAGAUUACGUGAUUUGGAAGCGGAAAACGAAACUCUUUUGAAAGAAAUGGCCAAAUCACAGAUAGAGAGUGCAAAAGUAGGAGAACGUUACGAAGCACUGACACAGUCAUUGAAAGGUCGUAUUAGCUUGGAUAGUGAUUAUAAAGAAAAGAUGCGAAAACUCGGGGCUGAAUUGAAAAGUAUAACGAAGUGUUUAAGUACUGUUGAUUGCAAAGGAGGUUCCUUAGAAGAAAAAAUUGGUAAUUUGUUGGAGGAAAAAAUUCAGCUGACAGAUGCAGAAAAGAGAUUGAAAAUAGAAAUUGAGAGGUUGGUGGCCGAAAAGGAAAAGCAAGCAUCUGAUUUAGCAAUGAAUGCUGUGAAGUUAUCUGAGCUUGAACAGGAACGCCAUACACUUGCUGCUUUACUAAAUAAGGUGGAAAAAGAACGAAACGACAAGGAUGUUGAAUUGAAUGUUUUGAAGAUGAAAAUGAUAAAUAUUAAAGAUGAAAACAAAAACAAAGAUGGGAUCAUAAAUUCAUUGGAAGCAGAAAUUACGAUGAGUAAAAAAGAAAACGAGAAAUUAAGCUUAAAAGUUUCGGAACUUAUGGCUGAUUUGUCUGUUAUCAAUGAAAAUUCCGUACAUGUUGAUGGAAUUAUCCAAAAGGAGGAUGGUAUCAGCACCGUCAAUAUUACACGGAACGAACAGUACAAAAUGGAGAUCGAUGCUUUGAGAGAAGAAAAGGAACAAGCUGUUAAUCAGAUAAAGUCGCUGAAAUUGAAGAUGUUUGAAUUAUCGAAGAAACAGGCAGAAAAUGAAGAAACGGUUUCAGAAGCAAAACAACGCAGCGCUUUGUUUGUCGAUUUUGAAGAAGAAUGGAAAAAAAAAGAAAUUGCAUAUGUGCAGAAAAUACAAGAAUUGAAGAUAGCAACUGGUAAAACAGAAACUGAAAAAAUUGAAGAAAUGAAACGUGAUAUAUCAUUUCUCAAUGAUAUCAUAGCGGAACAAUACAAGAAAGAGAAAGAUUUGAAGGAACAGAUCGCAAUUCUCAAUUCACUACCCGCAAAUGAAAUAAUGACGGAACUUCAACGUAAAACGACACAGAACGUCUCACUGCGAUUAUAUUGUGAUAUAUGUGAAGUAUUCGAUUUACAUGAUACCACUGAUUGUUCAACACAAGCAAUGGAUAUGGAAGAAGCAAUCCGAGACAAAGCCAAAAAGGUGAAACCGCCAGUCCGACCCUAUUGUGAGCAUUGUGAAGAAUUUGGACAUGAUACGGGUAAUUGCGCGAAAAUGCAAAUUGAAAAGCCGAAAUCGAAAGAUUAUACGUUUUGAUAGGAUCAUUUCUAGAUUGUGUAAAAAUCUCUUCGGUUUGCUCAACUGUAAUGAAUUUACGAUUCUUACUUAAUCAGUUAUGUGCUAGUUAUGUCAUAAAUGUGAGGUAUGGGGAAUUUCUGUUGUUUUAGAUUUGAUUUGUUUGAAGCUCG